UUACACAGUAUUUGUGAGUCAUUGCGUUUCGGGUCAGCCAUGUAAUUAUUGAAAAAAAUCAAAAUAUAAGCAAUUUUUGGCGUCACAUCAACAAUUUGUUUUUAAUUCUCAGGUUUUCUGAAUGUUAUGAAAACAAGCAUUACUAAUGUAGAUAACGUCAACAGAAGGUUUAAACAGAAGGUGAUUUAACUUGUGAUAUUGGAUAUGAGUAUACGUCGUUCCUCCAACAAAAAGAAACGCAACAAUUCUUCAAAACUUGAUUUGAAUAUGGAUUCCAACAUUUUUGAGAGGUUGGCAAAAAUAUCUCCUCAGCAUUUCACUACAAAAAAAGAUUUUCUUUCUCAGAAUAUCGUACCAGCUUGUCCUAUAGUACCUCCUAAACUUAAGAGGUGUUAUGGAAAAUGUUCAUUGGUCACUGAAACCUUUGGAGAAGCCAAAGUCCUAAACUUUGAAUGUGAUGAUGAAGCAGAAUUGAGCUCAUGGUAUCGUAGGGAUGUUCAAGACACCUACUUUGACCAAGUAUUUUAUCGCAAGCUCAAAAUUGGGGAAGGCAGCUUUGGAAGUGUAUACAAAGCAAUUUGUAGAGAUGAUAAUAAGUUAUAUGCAAUUAAGCACUUCAAUGGAAACCAUCCUAAAAGUAGCAAGUAUAUAGAAGUUGAAAAUAUGAGAAAAGUUGGAUUACAUCAAAAUAUCUUGCGUUUCUAUAUGGCUUGGGAAGAAGGAGAAAAUGUAUAUAUAAAAAUGGAAUGUUGCCAAAUGAGUUUGGCACAAUAUUCAAAAAUAAAUCACGAUAUCGAAGAGGACCAACUACAUGAAAUACUUCAUGAUGUUAUUCAGGGAUUAGUUUACCUUCAUUCAAGAAACUUUGUGCACUUAGAUGUGAAACCUGACAAUAUUUUGCUAGAUCGAGGCCAUUAUAAACUGGCAGAUUUUGGAUUGCUUCACCAUAUCAGAUUGGUGAGUGCUAAGGUGGACAAAACAGACCGUAUGUCGUCCGAAGGAGACGCAAAAUAUCUGGCUCCUGAAGUUUUAGGUGGUGUAUACACUUGCAAGGCGGAUAUUUUUGCUCUGGGGGUGACAUUAAUGGAACUUGCAACCGAUUAUAUAAUGCCUUCUAAUGGUUUCUUAUGGCAUGCUAUAAGAGAGGGCCAAAUACCGUCUGUUUUGCCUGAGAAGAUAUCUCUGAGAUUCUUGGCACUGAUUUAUAGAAUGUUGGCUUAUGAUAAUGAAAAUAGGCCAUGUGCAUCUCAGAUCAUGGAAUGCUCUAUUGUAACAGAAGUCAUGACUAAAGAUGCAUUGAACGAGAGAACUGACUAUGCGAGACUUAUUUCAAUGGGAGGAUUAUCUUACCCCAAUAUUUUGAAUGCUGAUCUAAGAAGAGUUCUCAAUGGCAUUGCUGAUAGUCCAGGAGAUAUGUUCCAAACACCUGUGAAUCGGACAGUUAAUCGAAAAAUGGGAUUUCCUGCGAAUGGAGAUUGUAUUCCCAGGCGCAUCAAUCCGAAGAAUGGCACUCCCACAAAGGAAUUUAGACGCAGUCCACGUGUCAAAUUAUUUUUGUAAGUCUCUAAGCAAUCAAUCACCGACACUUUGUUUGAUGCCACCCUUUUUAAAAGAAGCACUUAUUGAUCUCAAGACCAAAGUUUGUUUAUUUCCAUUGUUUAAAUGGUCUUACAAUUUUUUUUGUUUAAAAAGGCUGGUCUUUUAAAAAUAUUUAUUUCAAUGCAUUUUUAUGUUAACUUAGUUAUAAAAGUUUAAAAUGUUUUUCUAAUAUUUAUUGAUUGUUUGAGAAAUUAUCAAUUUUAAUCGAGUUUGUUGGCAUUGAAUAAGAUUACAUGCAGCUUCAUUGUGAUUCAAUAUGCUACUAGAGGUAACUAUAUUACCUGCUUCUUCUCACUUUGCAAGUUGCGCUUCAAAUCAUGGUAGAUGCUGUACUUAUGUGAUCAUAUAUUUUUGAAGAAAUAACUUGCUCAGAAUUUGUUGCAGAAAAUGCUAUCAAAAUCUUGUGUUAUUUCUUGACGGUUUGAUUUAUUGUCUGUUAUUAUUGCAAAUUCAAUAAUUUCACCUGUGAAGAAUUUUUGCGGGCAAUCAUUCAAACUCCUGAACUUGCAAGGGGAUGAUUUUAGAUGAGAAAUCACGCAAUUUCUUUCCUUGUUUCUUUUACCCUUAUGGUUAAUUGUAAAUACUUGUUUCAGUUGUUAUACUUGUAAACUUUUCGUAAUAGCUCCAAGCAAUUGACAAUAAUUGUAUUCUCAGGCUUGUUGCCUUCCUUUGAUUUUGGUGCUUGAAUUAAUUAUAUCAAAUGGUAAUUGUAGAUAGAAUUGAGUGAUAUCAUUGGUGCAUGUUGUAUAUAAAAUUGAAAAGAAAUAGUAGCCACAAAAAUCGAGAGGAUUUAUUUUAUAAUUUGUUCCAUUACUUUCUUUGUUGAUCGAAUUCAAUCAUUUUCAAGUUAAUUUUUGAAUGAUAGCAAUUAUAAUUAACUUGACAGAGUAAUUAAUUCAUUAACGCUCAGUUGCAAAAAAUUUGAAAUCUAUUCAAAGCAUCUACAAAGUCGGAAAAUUUUACUUCACUAAAUAAUAAAACCAGUGAUUUUAUCUUGAACUAGAAGGAGCUCUCCGUUCACCUCAUCUCCCAUAAUUUGUGACAAGAGAUUUAUUCCUUGAAUGAAAAUUUAAUCUUAAGUUGAAUUGUUGAAAAUUAUUUUCAACAAUAUUGUGAUGUUUUAUUUAUAUUUCAUAUUGAAAAUAACAACAUUAAUUUAUAUUUAACCUCAUCUGUAUUUCAUAUCCAAUUUCAAAUUAAUAUUCAAAACAAAUGUCAAUUCUUAACUUUCAUAAUGUUGGUUCCGAAGAAAAUCAUAAUGUAUUGUGAAAAAUAAUUUAAUUCUGUUGUUCUAGUCUUGAGUUUAUUAUAUAUUGCAUGAUUUUAAAUUAUUUUGUCUUGAAUGAUUUCAAGUAUUCCUAAAUCUAAUUUAUAUUGUUUUUAUUUGCAAGAAAUAGUCAAUAACAAUUUAAGCUUGUUAGGAGUCAUUGUAUUCGUAUUUUCAUAAAUCUACAUAUGUUUUGGAAAGCUCUUAUUCGUAAAUGAAUAAGAGAUUUUGAGCUUUUUCCUGUUUGUAUGUAUUCUUGCAGAAAAAAAUUUAUAAAUUGAAUUGUCUCUUUGCAAUAAGUCUAGUAGUCCAGAAAACUGUAGACUCUCAGUUCAUGAUGAACUAGUGAAACCAUUCUGAUUUGUAGUACCUUGUUAAUGGUCAAAUCGGUAGCUUUAAAAAGUUGCAAUAAGUGCCACAUAUUCAAGGCAAACUAGGAACGGUUCAAAGGAAAAUCUUGAUAAAAGUUACUCAAAGUAUUCCGUGAAUUUGUUUGUUCGAUGUAAAAAUUCAUCUAUUUUCUUAUAGUACAAAUUUCUUGUAGAUUAUCAAUAUUUUCCCUCUUUGAACACAUUUGUUAUCUUGAAAUGUUCCACUCCUGAUUUUAAUUAAAUACUUGUAAUGUGAUUAAUCUAUUUCAAAAAAAAUUUAAGCUAUAUCUAUGUUACAAGUGAACUUUUUUACUUUCCUAAUAAAUGUAAUGUAAAA